CUCCUAAUCUCUCUGCCUUCCCUUUUGAGUGCAUUGCUUCCCUAAUGCUAAGUAGCUGCUGCAGUCAGAGAGGAAGGCGCUCGCUGGUUUCAUUUCCAGGACAGCCUGCCAGUGGAUGUUGAUGUACAGCACCCUCAGGGGCUAGCGUUUUGAAGGCGGCAGGUUGCCCUUUCCCCGGCACGCCGGUUUUGUGUGCGCGUGGGUGUCUUUCCUCUUGUCUCUCUCGCCUGGGAAUGGAUGGUUGUUUUUUUGAGGGCAGACCAAGGCUGCCGUGCUAGGCUCGCUUGAGGGACCCGCUGGCGAGGAGGGAUUGUCUGUCCCCGGAGGAAUGAAAGACACGUAACAGGAGAAAUACUAAAGAGCCCGAAGACAUUGUGAUUGCUUCUGCCCUUUGCCAGCUUUGGCUGGGUCCUUGGCCACUGUCGCUUUGAAAGGGAGCAGCUGGAAAGGUGGGAAGGAGGAGGUGGCUCACCAUGGCCUUGGCGGACAAUGCGAGCUGUGCCAAACCCAGUGAUGACUUCCUUUUCCCAGAGAUCAUUGAGCUCAAUGUGGGUGGGCAGGUCUACAUCACACGCCAUCCCACCUUGGUCAGUGUGCCCGGCUCACUGCUCUGGGAAAUGUUCACUCAGAAGAACAUCCGCUCCUUGGCCCGGGACAGCAAGGGCCGCUUCUUCGUGGACCGAGAUGGUUUCCUCUUCCGCUACAUCUUGGAUUACAUGAGGGACCAGCAGCUGGUGCUACCCGAGCACUUCCCGGAGAGGAACCGCCUGCAGCGGGAAGCCGAGUACUUCAAGCUACCGGAGCUGGUCAAGAUGCUGUCUCCAAAGCUCAGCAAGCAGAACUCCAUCGGGGAUGACCCAUGCCAAAGUGACCCAGAGGAGCUGUCUCCCAAUGCGGACACGGCCCACAACCUUGCCUCUGCCAGUGCCGCCCUGACUAAUGCCCCCGCGGGCUCCUUUGCCUCCAGCGGGGGUGGCGCUGGCCCAGACAUUCGAAGGUCAGGUUUCAUCACCAUCGGCUACCGGGGCACCUACACCCUGGGCAGGGACAGCCAGACGGAUGCCAAGUUCCGCAGGGUAGCGCGGAUCAUGGUGUGCGGCAAGACCUCGCUGGCCAAAGAAGUCUUUGGGGACACCUUGAACGAGAGCAGGGACCCUGACCGGCCUCCGGAGAGGUACACCUCCAGGUACUACCUCAAAUUCACCUUCCUGGAGCAAGCUUUUGACAAACUGGCCGACGCCGGCUUCCACAUGGUGGCGUGCAACUCCACGGGCACCUGCGCCUUUGCCCAUGACCAGACAGACGACAAGAUCUGGACCUCUUACACCGAAUAUGUUUUCUACCGUGAGUGACAGUUACCAAAAAACAAACACCAAAUGCCAACUCUCCCUCCCCACCUGCUGUGCUGGCUGUUUUCUGUAGAACUUAGACAUCAGACCCUUGAACCUUGGUAUUUUUCCUCCUUCCUUUACAUUUGUUUUUCCAAGUCGAACCCUCUCUGGCUCCCUCUUGUACUGGUUAUUGAAUAACACCAACCCUCUUCUCCAACUUCCAACAGUAGCUCCCAACCCUCUCCGGAUCCUGGACUUGGCUGUUCUUGUACAGGGGAAGGCGGGGGGGAAAUAUCUUUGUGUUGGGGGAGAACUGCUUGGGGAUUUUUGCUGCUGGAUAAGCUCACCAGAAUUAACAAGUGAAGAGACGCUGAGCAGAGCUCCAGCCAGGUUGUAAUCGGAACCAAUUCCCAGCCUCACAAUGUGUAUACCCAGGAAUGUGCUGUGUAUGCUAUACCAGAUUUGCUGGGUAACUCAUGCAAGGGGAAUCUCGGUUCCAUGUUAUGGCUGGUGGAGGGAGCAAAGGGGAAAGAGAUCCUGAUACUGUAGAUAUAUUGCCAAUAGCCUAUGUAAGCAGCUUAGCAUUUAGCCUGCCAGUGCUUGGAAAGGUUAGAGAGAUAGAGACGUGCCGCACAUGUUUGCAGCUCUGGAUUCAAAACAUUUUCGCUAUCCUAACUGAGAUGCUUCUUGAUUCUUUGAUAUGGGCUAAUAGAGAGAGACACACACACCCCUGUGUAUAUACCUGGGGUAGGACGGGGUGGGGGGGGAAGGCCUAUCUGGUAUUUUCACACAAUGGGGUGUAUAAUAGACCUUUAGGACUGUUUGAUGUCAGUGUCAAAUUUACCUUCAUCAUUCUGUCACUUAGAGUAGGAAGAAGGUAAUCAGACUCCAGGAGGACCGGCUUUGAUUGCUACAGCGAAUGACAUUCUGGUUUGCCCACAGCUACGACUAUAUAUUUAUAGAUUAAAGAGAAUCUUAACUAAAAAGGAGCAGGGGGGGGGGGGAAAUCUUUGCCACUUCAUUGGUAACCUCUCGCUAGGUCUCUUUCUAAUUGUGGCACUCCGUUCUCUGUUCGCGGGCCUGAGGCUGGCUGGCUGCUGCUUUACCAUGCCUGGGCCACAUGUAAUAAAGGAACAAAAAAGACCUGCUUUUGUGUUAAUGGGCUGAGGUGAAAGGCAGAAAAGCCAGUGCCCCUUUUUGACUGAAAGCACAUGGAGCUGGGAACGAUUCUUGUCUAGAGUGCAGGGAUUUUAGAGUAAAAGAAUCAGCCACGCAAAAGGCAUUUGAUGGAGGUCUGUUUUCUGGGGCAUUUUUUUUUCUCCUUUGAAUGCAGAUAUUGAAGAUCUCUGCAAUUAGAGAGUUCCCUUCCUACCUGGCCUCUUCCCUUAAGUUUUGCUCCAACCCCAUUCUCCUCCUCUUUGAACCUCCCCCUCUCUGCAACUGCACUUGUUAAACUAUUACCAGGAAUGAGUGUUACUGCUCUUGUUAAACUAUUACCAGGAAUGAGUGUUACUGCUCAUGAGAGAGAUACCAAUGGCUCUGGACUGAGGCAUUCAGUCAAUGGAAAUUCUCCCACUGACUGCCAGAAAACAGGUUAUGGAUCCAACCUUGUGCAGGCAGGCACUGUGCAAGCUUCUGCUAAUGUGCUUAAUGCCUGAAGCACCCGUUGUGAUUGCAGUCCUCACGCGGCUCUGCCAGAGCACCUCAGUCCUGAAGUUCAGUCCUGGCUUUCCCCAGGCAGCUCUACCACUGCCCUUCAAUCCUGAUCCACAGUCUCUGUUCCUUGCUUGUCCAGUCCUGGGCUCCCACACAACUCUGCCAAGACACCAGACCUGCAGUCCACCCUGCUAUUCAGGGCAGCUGCUGCUAGUUGAAUGUAUGUGGUGUAUGGGUCAGAUAAUCACACUACAUGGAUACUGGUGUGGGUGCAGAUCUUGGGGGACUACUAGUACUUUCUUAAGAGUCGGGGGGCGGGGGGACGACUGAGAAAUGUUCUAGAAAGAAGAAAAAGAGUAGGGAUUUGGGGCAAAAAUAACAACAAAAUCUUCUCCCUCCUGAAAACUCAUUGAAGAAGGGGAGCUAUGAGAAUUGUUUUUAAAAUGGUGAGCGCUUCAUGAUUCCAGAAUUGUGCUUAGGGGAACACAGUCAUCUACUUUUAAGCUCUGUUUGUUUAGAAAAAAAUCUCAGAAUCAAAAGGGUUUGUGUGCGGUGCGGGGAAGGGAGGGAUGGGGCCAUGUGCAGGGGUGGGGGCACAAGAUCAAAAUUAAUAGAGAUAUGUCAUGUUUGUUUGCUUUUGUAAUAUUUUAACAUUCUUCUAGAGCACUGGUGACGGGAGCUGAUCAGAAAAUGGAAUUUCCAUCCCGUGGGAAAUACCAACAUAGUUGGUGUUUGUUUUUGUCCCCCAAAAGUCAAAAUCUCCAAUUUUUUCAUGGAAAGAAUAUUCCAUAAUAUUUCAGCCUGGAAGCAUUGAAAUGACUGCAUUAAAAUGAAACAUUUCAACAAUGGUGAAACAUUAUUCUAUAAUGAAAUAUUGAAUGCGUCAUAUUAAAAUUAAUAUUACAACAUACUAGACCAAGUGAGAAUGUCAAAACAAAAUAAAAGACUCCCAUUUGGAAUCAUUUUGCAACUUUUAUGUCAAAAAUUUCCUCAGAAUUGACAAGUUCCCAUGAAACAUUUUGAUUUCAACAAAGUAGCAUUUUCCAAUGGAAAAACUGCACCACUGAAAAUAUUUCAAUUCAAACAGUAGAAUCUUACUAGUGCAGAGAACCGUAAGGUGGAACUGGCUAAUCUAACCCUUAUGUAGACUUCCCACAGAAUGUCAUGGGGAUGAAGAGUGAGACUUUCAACAGGAGAUGGGCAUGUUUGAAAACCCAUAAGGUUGAUAAAAAUGGCUCUACAUACAAGCCUAUAGGAUGUAACACAGAAUGGGAUCCUUCUAUAGGCUUUUUGAAUGAUACUACAGAAAGUAAGUAGCUCUCUGUUAAAUUCCAGAGCAGAAUUCAGAAAAUCCAUUGCAACAUUCUCAUCUUUCAUUAAAUUCUUAGUGAGCAAAUUCAGUUGGCUAAGCUCAGCAAAGUGCAAAGACUUAACAGCAAAGUAAAAGAUGAAAGUAAGAUGUGAAGAUGCGUUCAGUAUUCAUCAGCUAAGGAGAAAAGACAUAGAGGCAAGAGGUAAUUAAAAAAAAAAAAACACAGAAUGAAUGUUUUAUUGACAAUUCUCCUUUAACAGGGUUUGUGCCUGCAUUUCGGUGCAGUGUUUUAAAUAUUUAGUGGAUGGCCUGGCAAAGCCAGCUGUUUCAGAGGAACCUGGAAAAACUCAUCUAGACAUGUUUGCUUAUUUUUUUCAUGAGCUUUCCCCUCCCCUGCCCAAUAAGGUCUUUUGGAGCCAAAGCAAAAUGAAUUCUGGUCUCCUGAUAGUUCCACCAACCAGGAAGUGAAAUACCAGGAGAAGGACAUAGCUUCAUAGGAAGGCAGCAUGUUAACAGAGCCUUGGAGACCUGGGUUCAUAGAGUAUACGGACAGAAGGGACCAUGUCUGUGAUCAUAUAGACUGACUUGUUGCCUAGCACAGGCCAUGGGCCUUCUUUAUAUUAAUUCCUGUUUGAACUAGAGCAGAUAUUUUAGAAAAAAACUCCAAUCUUGAUUUUAAAACAGCCAGUGAUGGAGAAUCCACCACUCGAGCUAGCUGGGAAACAGCAGUUCCAUUUUGUGUAAAAUUAUGACAUUUGUUGACAUUUGUUUUCAUGCACACCAAAACUGAGACCUUUUGAAAUGUUUUGCCAAAAAUGAGAGUGAAAGCGAGCUCUAUCCUCAAAUAGCCUAGUGAUUAGGGUAUUCAGCUUGGAUGUGGGACACCCAAGUUCAAGUUCUUGGGUCUCCCACAUCCCAGGUGAGAGCCCUAAGCACCAGGCUAUUCUGGAGUGGGUCUUUCUCUCUUGUUUUGACCUGUAAUUCCAACCUGAACCUGAGCUAUCUUCCCGACUAAAUAUUUGUUGACACUGAUAUGUUUCUGUGAAAGACUUCAGUGUCAAUGGAAAAAAGUUUUCUGACCAGCUCUGUUCACCCUUGGUAUGUUGUUCCAUUGGUUCAUUAUUCUUGCUGUUAAAAAUGUGUGCCUUUAUUGGUUCAAACUGGAUUCUAUUUCUGGCUUUGCCAUUGUUUUGCUGGGUGGCCUUCGGAAAGUCACGUCACCACUCUGUGCCUCGGUUUCCCCCCCCUGUGUAAAAUGAGGUCAAUGAUACUGACCUCCUUUAUAAAGUACUUUGAGAUCUACCGAG